AUGACCGAAAAGCUGCAGCCACUGUCGACGCAGACCGCGACUCCUAGUCAGACCCUCUUCGCUCCGAGCGUGCCCGUCUCUACCCAGAGUGUCCCACGCAAGGUUGAGACGGUAGAGGAAGAAGAGCCCUACACCAUAAAGUGUAUUUGCAACUUCUCUGAUGAUGAUGGAAACACGAUCUAUUGCGACACGUGCGAUACAUGGCAGCACAUCGACUGCUUCUACCCGGACAGUCGCGAGGAGGCCCUCCGCGAGGAUUUUGCCCACUCGUGCGCCGACUGUAAACCGCGUCCCUUGGAUCGACAAAAGGCCAUUGAGCGUACCCGCCGACUGAAAAACGGCGUUACAGCCGAAGGUGCCCCAGACAAGAAGGCCAAACGCCCGCCAUCCAAGAGCCACAAGAAGAAGCCAAAGCCAACGGAUUUGCAAUUGAAUGGUCAUUCCACAGGCCAAGAAAACGCAAAGCACGGAAGUCCCAGCGAACAUCCUCACACAGCCAAAAAGGCGGCGAAAACUUCUCACCGACCAUCUCACUCUAUAAGCUCGCAAAACGCGAAGAGGAGCCCAUCGUACGGGAACGGUCGAUCCCAACCCAACGGACACCCCCCAAGCCCUGCUACGACGCCUCCAGACCUUCCGAGCGACUUUCAAAUACACAACUACUCCGACGGCUUUCUUUCCAUGACCAAGGAGACAGACGUGCCUAUCACUCAAAUCAAUUCAUUCGCCAGUCUUUUGGUGUCAAACACCCUUUCCGUUUGGGUACGCGAACCGCUUCGUUUGCGGAAAGAUACUGGCGGGGAACUCAACGAUGUUUUUGCCAAACUCCCCAAAGAUAUCGACUCUCAGAAGUGUCAGCUGCAUGUGGAAAGCAAAAAGCUGCCCCUUACUUCCGACACGGUUCUCCGGUGGCAAUAUCUUGCGACCUCGGCUGCCAUCGAGAAAGAUGUGCCGUUGAUUGAACUAAAUGGCGUGAUUGGGUUUCAAAAGGACUAUUGCGACGAGCCAGAAAACCUCUGGGAAGAGCUUUCCUCGCCACUCCCUUUCGUCUUCUUUCACCCGAUGUUGCCGCUCUACAUCGACACCAGGAAAGAGGGAUCACUCGCCCGAUUUGCCCGGAGGAGUUGCAAGCCUAAUGCCAUCCUGGAUACGUACUUGUCGGGGCAGUCUGAAUACCAUUUCUGGCUGGUGAGCGAUCGGCACAUUGCUCCAAAUGAGCAGAUCACACUGCCCUGGGAGUUUAGGCUACCCAAGAAGUUCCAGGCCCGCAUGCAUCACCUAUUGGGGCUGGCCGACGACGAUAGCCAAGCCCAGGGCGAAUCUGAAAUGGACGAGGCAGAGUACCAAACGCUGUCCGGCUGGAUCCAUCGGAUAUUAUCUGAGCACGGCGGCUGCGCUUGCGACUUGGGUGCCAAUUGUGCCUUCGCUCGUUUCCACAGACAAUACCAAGCCAAGAUGCAGUCCCGGCCCGCCGUCAAGAAGAAGCCGCGGAAACCCAAAACCCACACCAUUUCUCCCACCAGUACUGGUCACGCCACCAACAGCCGCGCAGCCAGCGAAGGCCACCAUGAGGACCCAGACAACGAUGCUCGAUCGAUAUCGGAGCGCAGCAAGCCCCCUAGUCGCGACCGCACACCAUUGCGUCAAGGUUCCCUUGACCGUCCGGGCAUUCUCACUGAACCUACUGACAGGGACAAACGGAAAGUCCAGAUGGUCGAAGACUCGUUUCGACGCAUGGAGCAACAGCAGCCACCGCGUAAAAAGAAGCGCACAUCCGACGGCACUGGAACCAAGACAAAGCAAAGGAACUCAACUAGCAAUGCGUCUAGCGGAACUUCCCAUUACGUCGACGCAGGCACUACAAGAAGCAAAUCUAACUCCCCUUCCAGCGGUAUGUCGCCCACACGGCAUAACCCUUUCAAGGCCUCAAUAUCUCAGAACGGCUCUGCCGCAACACAGCCCAGACGAGAGUCCUCCGGGCUUCGUCCUGUUUACUGCGAUGCUUCCGUGCAAACCGACCCUGUGGAGGGCGAAUGGUACAGCGAACCCAUUUUGACCCCGAAACCUCGUCGCCGAAUCAUCUCGUUAUCUCAACGGCUGCUCAACAACCGUCACCGACUACGCUGCGACGAGGCAGAUAGACGCAAGUCACUUCCCUCCAUUUCAACCCAUGAUUCUAUGGAUAUAGACCCUCCAGCGGACCAUCAGCCUGUGAUGGGCUCUCCGACACCAUCCAAGGAAUCCGUCAUUACCGCACAAAGCACAUCGCCUGUUCCGCCAUUGGCUGCCGACGUCGUCAUGGCAAACGCCCCAACGAGCUCACCCACUACGCUCAAGUCGCCCGUGCAAGCGGAUUCGGCGACAGACACGCAGCCCAACGGUUCCAGCAGUCCUUCGAAGAUCAGGUCACCGGAAUUGCGGGUACAAAUGCCUCCGGUUCCUAGCUUCACCGGUCCCAUCCUGGGAGCUCCUUGUGCGACUACACCGUCUUCGGCCUCUACGACUAUCCAAUCUCCCUUCUCUACGGGUAACCUUCCCAGUCCUCUUGCACCUUCGACCGUCAAUGGGGUAGCAGCGCAUCCGAGUCCUGUCAAGAAGAAGCUGAGCCUCAGCGACUACACCAAGAGCAGGAUGAACAAGACCAAAAGCACUGGCGGACUCAAGACAUCACUCUCUGGGAUCGAGGAGUCGAAGCCCGCGGUCGAUACGAUCAUGGAUUCACCGGGCGUAGAGAAGAGCACAGACAUUGUGACACCCGUUGUGGGUAAUACGGUCACCUCAAUUCCUGCGGCCACGGCAACAAACACCUCUUUGUAA